GAUGCGAUGGUCGGACAGCGCUCUGCGGCCGCUUUUCACCAAAAUUGCGGCUUAUUGUUACAGAUCAAUCCGGCUGGAACGUUGUAACGGAAAAUAUGCGAAGCUUUGGACCAGAUUUCUUUCUUCUUUUUUCUCGAUAAGAAGAAAGUGCUAUGCUUUGGAGCGGCUUUCUUUGUUCUUUUUCUCAAUAAGACAAAAAUGCUAUGCCUUGGAACGAAAAUUUGAGUGUAAAAAUUGGGGUCCCCUCCGCGGCCGCACAUACCCACUAUGCGUUAUAUACUGAGAAUCUGGCAUAUAAUUGUUAUCGUCUAGACCGGGCGUCUAGUGUCCCAUUAUGUUUCCAAGAGAGGGAUCAAAGUUCACUGUCGAUGAAAAUAACCUUGAUUCACCAACAUUUAAGGCAUAUUCAAUCUACAGUCAAUAUAGUCCGUGUGUGUCAUUGAAUACCACGAUAUACGAAUUUUUCAGAAAUCAAUAACGGGAAGGAAAGUCUACUAAUCAUGACCAUGGAAGAAACCGUGUAUGAUGUGUGUGUAGUUGGAGCUGGUAUGGUGGGGUCAGCUGCUGCCAAAUGGCUUUGUAAACUGCAACGGGAAACCAAAGUCUGUCUAGUUGGGCCUCAAGAACCGACGAAAGAGGAAUGGUCGAAGAGGGAGAUAUUUUCAGCCCACUAUGAUGAAGGACGACUGACCAGAGAGAUGGACGAAGAUCUUAUUUGGGCCACUCUAGCUCAGAGGUCAAUUAAACAAUUCAGAGAUAUCGAGAGGGAAAGUGGCAUUAGGAUUUACCAAGAAGUGGGGUGUGCCUUUGUUGGCAUCCAAGGCGAAGAUAGCUUGCAAAUUACGAAAGAGAAUGCAGAAAAGACGGGUGUCACGGCCUACAAGGCUUUAGACUCUGUUGGACUUCGAGAACAGUUGCCAUAUCUUCAUAUCGAGCCAAACUGGGAGUUUCUGCUUAACACCGAGAAUGCCGGAUACGUCAGUCCGAGAAAUCUCGUCGCAGCUCAGCAGAAAAUAGCCUCGUCUCAUGGGUGUCAAAUCAUCGAUGAUGUUGUGAUCAAAGUUGAAGAUACGGAUGGUGAUUUCUUGAAGGUCCUUUGCCAAAGUGGCCGUCAAGUCACUGCCAAGCGAGUACUCCUCUGUACUGGGGCUUUUUCAAAUUACUAUGACUUGUUACCUGGUGAUAAAAAGAUCGACUUCAAACCUAUGAAAAUUUUCGUAGUUAAAUCAGAAGUCAGCGAGGAAUAUGCCAAGAGUCAUGCAGACAUGCCUUGUAUGAUAAUCAACAUUCCAGGGAAAUUGAGUUAUAUUCUUCCUCCAAUUAAAUACCCCGACGGAAAGUAUUACGUCAAGAUCGGAGGUUAUAAAGUGAUAAAUGUUGCCAGUGGUCUUGAAGACAUGGUCGAGUGGUUCCGGAAUGAAGCACAUCAUGAAGAUGAUAAAGACACCAUAUUGAACAUCUUAAAGUUCUUCCUUCCUGAUCUGGCGCCAAUAUCUGUACGAACUGCUCGCUGUGCAAUCUCUCGUACCACAACUGGGAUGUUAUACUGUGAUAUGAUCUCAACACGCCUGGGAGUAGUGAUGGGUUUGACCGGUAAGGGCGCCAAAUCCAGCGAUGAGAUCGGACGAAUGGCAGCAAAGAUGGUCGCCAAGGGGUCGUGGGACUAUGAUCUUCCUGCUGAACACUUUAAGUUGCGUUUCAAGUCCACGUAGUCAAACUGAAGAGGGUGACGGCGCUAUCCCCCAAAAGUCUUCUAUUAAGAGACACUCGCAAUAUUCUGUGAUCUCAAUACCCAUGACUCGGUAAUAGGUGUCCGUCCGUCCUAUUGGGAAAAGAUAAUUAUUGCUAUGGGAAACUAAUCAAACUUUGAUCCUGUGAUUACGGGGCCGCAACCGCGUCCGUCUUCCUUUUUUUAAAGAGUAUUUUACCAAUUAUACAACCAUUAUAUAAAAAGGUAAACUUCUCAUGAUAGUAUGGGUAUGUGAAAGCGGUGGCUAUCCAGUUAACCAUAUCUAUUAUAUGUUUUCUCACGCAGUUACCUUAUUGAAAUUAAAGUUCAUUUUAGUAUGAAACUACAUACAUGUAGUUCGAUAAAGGAAAAAACUUAUUCUAUAAUUUAAUCAGAUUUUUUUAAAUCUUAAUAUAUCACUUUUGUAGAUCUCUGAAACUAAUAAUAGCGCAAGCAGAGUUGAUAUUCUCAGAUGAAGUUAUUCUGAUGGAGUACUUACUAGGACUAUUAAAAUUAGAUGGAUUGACUCAAUUAUAUUCACGAUCAUGUAUACAUGUAAAUCCCUUUAUAAGACGGCACUAAUGUAUUUCGGUGCGGGAUGCAAGGUGGCAUGGUGACAUGCAGUGAAGCACGUCUCAUUUAUUAGCAUAUAUAUAUAAUAUAUAUCAGGAUGUUUUAUCGCUUUUUUUAUGUAUACUGCUAUCUCUUUUAUAGUACUCAGUCCACUAUUAAUAACUAAAGUGCUAACAUAAAUUUUAUAUUGAUUCUGCUGUCGAAACAGAUUAUUGAUUGAAUCAUGCAGCUGUAUUUAUUACCCAAAUAUCUUUGAGUCGAUUUAAAGCAAAUUUAGAUGUGCAAUAAAUAUUUUCAUAGGGACUAGUCAUCGGAGAUUAUUGACCAUUUGAUUUGAAUAAAUACACGAAAUGCACCCCCACACUUCUACGUUAUCCGAGCUUUAGCUCAUGUCGAACAGAUAAUCAGUGACAUUAACUAUCAAACAAUGUAUUUUGCGACACCCUUAACGAUGUUUACCUUUAUACUUGCAUAUUAUACUGAUUGGUUUACAACCUCUUCAUUUAAUUUCCAUUUGGUCUCAUACCACAUAGUCUUAUCCUACUUCGUCUACAACCAGUUGUAUACACACCAUUUAGUUUAAUUUUCGUUUAUACUGUUUACAAUUUUGUCUAAUUUCCAGGUAGACUAUACUUGGUCGAACAGGAGUCUGCAUGGAUAGAUGAACUGUUUGUGAACCAGAUGACAAAGUAAAAAUCAUGAAUAGAGUAGAAAUAAGACAAACUGGAUUUUAGCCCAAAUGGAUAUUAGACCAAGUGGAGUUUAGGCCAAGUGUAAUGUAGGCCAAGUGUAACGUAGGCCAAAAACGAUAAUUGGACCGAAUGGGUUUAGCCCAUUUGGAAUGAGACUAUCCGAUAAGUAGACCCAACACAUGGAGACCAAGUGAUAAACUGAAUUGCAAAUGUUGUAUACCGUACAAUUGUUAAGUUUUUAUGUAUUGCUGUGUAUUUUAUUUUGGUUUUAUGUUCCGUGAUUUAAGUUUGAAAUUCAUAAAACUCUAUUAAGUAAUCUUUUACCACGAGCUCCUUUCGUGGACCUUAUUACUGGCCUUGAUGAUUUCUUCUACUGCGAGGAGCACAAUGUUGUGGUAUCGCGAGUAGAAUACGACACAGCAACUUCAUGUGGGUCACUAAGUAGUUAGGAUGAAAGAACGUAUCCUGCCGUCUACCAAUUUUGUGUUCUGAAUCACAAAAAUAUAAUGCUUACGUAGGAAAAUAUUUCCUCAAUUUAAAUAAACUUCGAUAACACAAUGUGAUAAUUUUUUAAAGUUUAUUUUCCCAUUUCUCUCGAUCGAAAAUUGAUCGAAAGUACAUGCAUUUGAAAUAUAAUCAAAAUAAAAUCUCUGAAAUAUAUAUAUAUACACUAUGAUAUAAUGCUAGAUGUGAUAAUAAUAAUGGUCAUGAUUAUCAAGAAAUGAAAUGAAUUUAAUUGAAAUGGAAAAGAAGAAAAUAAAAAAAAACAUCCACGACGGGAAUAAGGAUCAGUUUUCUCCCUUUUUUUUUUUGGGGGGGGGGGGGGUAUUUUGUUUUUCUGAAGCCGAAUGGGUCUCGAGCUUCAUCCUAUAAAUUUUCAAAUGGUAGAUCAAGUAUUUUAAUAAUUAAAAUACGCUAUGGUGUAAUUUACAA